AUUCCAUCCAGUACAUGUCUGUGUUUAUUUGUGCAUGCAAAAAAGUUAUUUUUAUUUGUUUUUUAAAACAACCGGUUAUCUCAGCUCACAUUCCUGGACCACAUUCCUGCAUCAUCUGUUAAAUUGUUGUUGUGCUUUUUUUUGUUUGUUUGUUUUUUUGUUUUUGUUUUUGUUUUUUUUAUAUCCAUUACUUAAGCAUCCUUAAUUGGUUCUGGAACUUUAAAGACACGCAAAACUAUUUCCCAGGAUGGUUUGACCCGAUCUCAGGUUGCAGUGUGGAGUACCUGCAGUAAAGAAGACAUCAUUCUCAGACUUAUGCUUCGAGAUUUCCUUUCUUUUGUUUUGUCAUAUCAAGACCAUGGCUCACACUAAGUGGAAGAGCUGGUCGAUAGUGUUGUUGCUGUGUUUCUUGCUGGUGUGGAUUGCUGAUGGGAAUGUGGGUUUAUCUCCAGAUGAAGGAGUAGCAACACCGUCCUGCUAUGGAGGUUUCGACCUCUACUUCGUCUUGGAUAAGUCUGGAAGUGUGCAGCAUCACUGGACUGAGAUCUAUAAUUUUGUUGCACAUCUGGCUUAUAAGUUCAUUAGCCCACAGCUUCGAAUGUCCUUCAUCGUAUUUUCCACAGAGGGCCGGAUUCUCAUGCGGCUAACGGAGGACAGAGACAAAAUUCGCAGAGGUUUGGAGGAGCUCCAGAGAGUUCUACCAGGAGGAGAUACUUUCAUGCACGAGGGUAUUCAAAGAGCGAGUGAACAGAUUUACUAUGGGAACACAGAGGGAUACCGGACAGCGAGUGUCAUCAUCGCACUCACAGAUGGAGAAUUGCAUGAGGAUCUUUUUUACUAUGCUGAAAGAGAGGCCAAUCGUUCCCGCAGCCUGGGUGCUUCUGUCUAUUGUGUAGGGGUGAAGGACUUCAAUGAAACACAGCUCGCCAAGAUUGCAGACAGCAAAGAUCAUGUUUUCCCAGUGAAUGGUGGGUUUGAGGCUUUGCAGAGUGUGAUCGAUUCGAUCCUUAAAAGAUCUUGCAUCGAGAUUCUUGCAGCAGAACCUUCCAGUAUCUGUGCUGGAGAGUCAUUCCAGGUUGUCGUGAGGGGAAAUGGCUUCCUUCAUGCCAGGAAUGUGGAUAAAGUCUUGUGCAGCUUCAGAAUUAAUGACACCCUCACAAGGAUGGUAAAGCCAUUGGUAGUGGAAGACACGUACCUACUGUGUCCUGCGCCGGUACUUAGAGAAGAGGGAACGGCAGCUUCCCUUUACGUGAGCAUGAACGAAGGCCUCAGUUUCAUCUCCAGCUCUGUGACCAUCACCACUGUAAGCUGUUCUGAUGGUACAAUCCUGGCUGUAGCUCUGCUGAUUCUGAUGCUCUUGUUGGUGCUGGCUCUUCUCUGGUGGUUCUGGCCUCUUUGCUGCACUGUGGUACGGGGAACAUGUGGCCUGACACGGCAGUGCAAGACAAUUCACAUCAUCCAUGAACCACCACCACCCCCAAAAGAUGACAGUUCGGAUGAAGAGGAUGACGGAGCGCCAAAGAAGAAAUGGCCAACAGUGGAUGCUUCCUACUAUGGAGGGCGUGGAGUUGGGGGUAUUAAAAGGAUGGAGGUACGCUGGGGUGAAAAGGGAUCAACUGAAGAAGGCGCUAAACUGGAAAAGGCUAAGAAUGCCAGGGUAAAGAUGCCAGAACAGGAGUUUGAAGCUCCUCAGACUCGGGUUCUGAACAACGGCAUGCACACACUUCCAGGCCCUCGCAAGUGGUAUUCUCCGAUUAAGGGUAAACUGGAUGCCUUGUGGGUACUCAUGAAGAAAGGCUAUGACAGAGUGUCUAUCAUGAGACCACAACCAGGAGACAAGGGUCGCUGUAUGAACAUCACCCGUAUCAAGUCAAGCUCGUCUCCACAUUAUCCAGCGUAUAACCGCCACACCCCGAUCUACACACCACAGCAAAGCUGCACCACUCCUCCUCCUCCUCCUCAGAGCCAGCUUCCUCCAGUCUCCAUCACGCCGUCUCCACCCAUCACGCCUCCUCCAUCAUACACCCCUCCGUCAGCCUGGUCCUCGUCAUCGGCGCCUGUUUUCUUUGCUUCGCCUCCUUCUCCUCCAGCCUCACCUACAGGACCGCUGCCUCCUCCCCCACUAGCCCCGCCUCCAGGCCGUGUCCCUCCUCCUGACCGCCUUCCACCACGCCCUUCCCUCUAGGGCUAUGUUUGUGAGCGUGGAAGCGAAUUCAGGAAGUCGGUGGGAGACUCAAAUCAUUCUCCUUUACCUUCUGUGUGGCCUUUGACAAUAAAAAAUUAAUGACUGGCCCACCAGUGGGAACAAACGCAAGGGGACAGACUACGUCUUCAAUUUCAGCUAGGAAACUACAGGAACCACAACACAGACCAAAGCAAUAUUACAGACCACACUGAACACCACGCACAAGUCGUCAAAGCAAGCUUUCACAACGGGCCACUGUUACUCAACCCCACGUGUCUAAACGACAGAAUGGACAUACAUCUGAAGCCAUUUGCAGUUUGAAAAAAAAUGGAGCAGUGAAUGAUCCAUUUAUGAAGUCUAUUUAAUGGGAAAAGUUGCAAUAACUGCAUGGUUUGUUCAUUCAUACAGCUAAUACACAUUCAUGAGACGUUUAUAUAAGAUAAGUCCUACAAAUAAAACAGAAUCCAGUCUCUAAAUCUAGAGAAACUUCUGCCAGAAUCCUGAGUGUGACAAAUGUGACAGUAUUUGGUGUUAUUCACUCGCAUAUGCAGUUUGCAUAUUAGAAAGGAAGGAAGGAAGGAAGGAAGGCAAGAAAGUAACAUAAAAUCUAGCAAAGAAAGAAAGAAAGAAAGAAAGAAAGAAACUAUAUCCGAUCUAGCUAAGAAAGAAACGUUUCUUUAGGACUUUUAGCUUAGGAUUUAUUUCACGAAGGUUUUGCACAUUUUUACACACAAUCCUUUAGUAAACAAGUCGCUCAGGCAUUCAGUAAUAAUAUCCACAUCUGUAAAUGUAAUAUACUUUGAUAUUCUAGCUGUAGGUUCAUUGUUGUAUGACUUUUUCCCCUCACAUUUUCUAUGUUAGGUAUUCGCCUGUGCAAUAGUGUGUUUUUUAGUCCCAGAACUGUGGAAUAUUACGUGCUGGAGUUUAUUUCUUGGCCUGUCAGUGCACACUUGAUAAGAUGUACAAGUGCACAACCACCUUAUCGCAUACUUUUAUACAUGUCGUGUAUAAAUAUACAUAAAUAUCCGAUGCCUUUUUUUUUCCCUUGGUGUAUUGAUGUUGGGUCAUUUUAUCAAAUAUUUGUGUCCUAAACUGUGAUCUUUGCAUCAUGUAUAAGAGGAGUAGAAUACAGUAAGCUUCUAAACUCCAGAAGAACUGAUGGAAAUCCUUGUUUGUUGCCAAUGAGACUCCUUCCAGCAGUGUGUCUGGUCUGAAUGAUGUGUUUUAUACUCUAUCACUGUGUUAUGAUCAUUUUGGGUUCUGCUUUCAUCACAUUUGGGUCCUAAAUUAUUACAAAACUUGUUCUAAGACUAAUGUGCAAGACUAAUAUAGUACACACACUUCGAUGACUGAUACCCAAGUACGCAAAGGGUUUUUUUUUUGCUCUUUAAUCAUAUUUGGUUCUGUAUCAGUGAUAAAUAAGAGCUUGCUUUGUUCUCUGUGUGUGUUUCGGCAAGCGCUGUGGUUGAAUUUAAGGAGGACGGGAAAGAAAAACCUCAUAACGGCGAGCAGAAAUGACGGAAUCGUUUUCAGAAGCAGACGUGAAGUAAGACUUAAUAUUGCAGGGACACAAAUACUGAAAAUGUAUCAGCUGUUAAAUUUGUCUAGGUGUGUACAUACUGUUUCUGCAUUAGCACUCGUUCUUAUGUGUGUCUCGCUUUUUAUAAAUGCAUUUGUUAAA